UCCAUCUAGUUUUAUUGAAGCAAAAAAUUUGAGCUUUAUGCAGCAGCCCUAAAAAGCAACCUUCUUUCUUCUUCCUUCUUCAAUCCUCGGCGGAGGUCCGAUUCCUCCUCUUCUCCCCUCCAUCCGGGCCGUUAUCUGCACAUCCGGAGUCCGGAUGUAAUAUUUUAUCCUCGGUUCCAAGUAUUUUCUGUCUCUCAGAUCAAUCAAAAGCUCCUGCAAAAACUCUAUCUUUAUCCUGAAGUAUCUGCGAGUUUGUGAGUUGUGAUCCUGAUAGGGUUCAGACAUGGAAGCUCGAAAAACACAGGAAGAUGCUGUCUUGGAUGUGAAGCCUUUGAGAUCACUUGCCCCAAUGUUUCCUGCUCCUUAUGGAUUCAACACCACAUUCAGCUUUUCUGGUUCAUCUCCUCCCUUCGUCUGCGUUAGCCCCUUCGGCGACUCAUCUUCUUCUGAGAACAGCUUUCAUGCCUUCUUCACUGCUCCAGCUCCAUCUUCUCCUCCGGCCAAAGCUCAACCUCUUGCCGCCAAUGGCCCCUACCCCCAAUCACGAGUUCCCAUUAACCUCCAUGAAAAUUCUGAGCAAGCCAUCCAUACCUCCAGUUAUGGAAGGAAGGUUAAGCCCUCUGGGAAGAUGAGCAGGAGUUUUUACAAUGGUUGGGGUGAUUCUGAAACAGAAGGAGGCAGUGAAAGGAGCAAAUCAAGGCGAAGAAAGAGACCUCGAAAAAUCACAGAUUUGUCUUUAAUAUGUCCCUCAUCUCUUGAUCCCAGAGAGUCUGUUGAGGUGGUUCUAAUGACAUUCGACGCUCUCCGGCGGAGACUCUUACAACUGGAUGAGACAACAGAUGCAAGCAAACGCGCCGACCUGAAGGCCGGCGCCAUAAUGACAGCCAACGAUCUUCGUGCUAACGUGGGAAAAAGGAUUGGAUCUGUUCCUGGUGUAGAUGUUGGAGACAUCUUCUUCUUCAGAAUCGAGCUGUGUUUGGUUGGAAUGCAUGCUCCAAGCAUGGGAGGCAUUGAUUACAUGAUAACUAAGUAUUCUGGAGCCGAUGAACCGGCGGCAAUCAGCAUCGUCUCCUCCGGCGGCUACGAAAACGAUGAGGGUGAUGCCAAUGUUCUGAUUUACACCGGUCAGGGCGGUGGAGUAGGUAACAGACAUGCUGAAAAAAUACAACUUGACGAUCAGAAGCUUGAAAGGGGUAAUCUUGCUCUUGAGAAAAGCAUGCAUAGAGGCAAUUCCGUGAGGGUGAUUCGCAGCGCCAAAGACAUGAACUUAAUUUCCGGUAAGAUUUACAUCUAUGAUGGGCUUUAUAAGAUUCAUGAAUCAUGGAUUGAUAAAGGGAAGUCUGGUUUCAACAUCUUCAAAUAUAAGCUCUUAAGAGAACCCGGGCAACCAGAAGGACUCGGUGUGUGGAAGCGAACAACAGAAUGGAGAUCGAAUCCAUCGUCUAGAGGCAAAGUUAUCCUUCCCGACAUAUCGUCCGGCAUCGAAAAUUUACCGGUUUGCCUUGUGAAUGAGGUUGAUGAUGCCAAAGGGCCCAACCAUUUUACUUAUUCAACUAGUUUGAAGUAUAUGAGGCCUGUUAGCUCCAUGAGGCCUUUGGAGAGUUGUCCUUGCCUUAGUGUCUGCCUUCCAGGUGAUGCCAAUUGCUCUUGCUCGCAGCAGAAUGACGGCAUUCUGCCUUAUAGUUCUAGUGGAUUACUCGUGAGCCGAAAAUCCAUGGUUUACGAGUGCAACAAUUUGUGUUCUUGCACAAUUAAUUGUCGAAAUAGAGUGACCCAAAAGGGCUUAAAACUUCACUUUGAAGUUUUCAGGACGAGGGACCGGGGGUGGGGUCUUCGGUCCUGGGACGCUAUACGAGCGGGCACCUUCAUAUGUGAGUUUGCCGGCGAAGUCGUUCAAAAGAUAGAAGUUGAUGAUUAUGGCGAAGAGACACAUUACAAUUUUCGUGCAACUUACCUCGACGAGAAGACGAAAAAGUGGAAUCAUACUCCUGAGUUGAUAGGUGAACCGAGUAUAAAUCAAAAUGAGAUUUUUAAGCCGCUUCCCAUAAUCAUCGAUGCGAAGAAUGUGGGCAAUAUAGCGCGUUUUAUGAACCAUAGUUGUUCACCAAAUGUUUUUUGGCAACCAGUUUUGUAUGAUCAUGGGGAGGAAGGAUAUCCACAUAUUAUGUUCUUUGCCAUUAAGCACAUUCCUCCUAUGACAGAACUCACAUUUGACUAUGGUGUGAGCGGGGACGAUAAGUUGAGCUCUCUUGCCGGAAUUAAGGGGCCGAAGGAAUGUUUGUGUGGCUCACCUAAGUGUAGAGGUGUUUUUGGUUAGUUCCGCAUCAAAUAUGAGUGGAAUGAUUACAAAGUUAAUGGAGGAAAUGUGUUGGUGGUAAAAUGUUGCACCAAAACCUUCGGAGUCUCUCCUUGCAAAAGCUUACAUGUAGGGGCUGAAAGACUAAAUGGAGGACAUCUGCAGCUUUUUAUAUCAGAACUGAACUUCUGCUACAUAACCAGGUUAGGAUUAGCCAUAGCUUAGGAUUUUUGCUUUUGUUUUUUCUUUAUUGAUAGUUAGUGUAUGUUAUAAUAAACCCUUUUACCUUUUUAUCUGUAACCUGUUGCCAUUGGGCUUGCAUGAGGUUUCUCUGGCUUGCUGUUGGGGUCUCUGCGGCGCCCUCUAAUACUUAUUGUUAGACUCAUGAAUACCACAUGAACCCGUCGAGUCGCAAUAAACAAAAUCAAAUUCCCUCAUAAAGAUUUCAUCUUUGAUUUACAUUCUGGUGCACUGAUACAAAAAUUUUUGUCACACUCCUCAGGGUAUUAGUUGUAAACAAUGUGAGAAAUUCUAAUGGGUCAGUUUAGAGCGCUCAAAAAAAGGGAAAUCUACAUAAGCUGCACACAAUUCUUAUGUAUUUACA